AUGUCUUUACUAAGCGGAUCCUCGGAGUGUGCCACACCAGAAGUCCGGUCCCAUUUCACCCUCGACGAAGACGACAACCACAGCAACGACAGCUUCUAUCUCACACCACACCGUGUCACUUCUGCCUCUACCAUGCCAUCAGAGGGAGGUUUUAAGAAUUCCUCCUCCACACAACACCUGCUCUCCAAUUCGAACCUCCUCACUGUUACGGUGUGUGAAGGACCUUUCGGUCUGCCCGACAAAAAUCGCCGACGCUCUGCCAUUGACCUUCGCUCGGUCACCGAGAUGCUUUCCUCAUCACCACUGCCAACGUCAAAGCAGCAGAUGUCCGCACAGACAUCCAGCGAGAGUCUAGGAAAAUCUGCAGCCAAACUGAAUAUUUUCGGUGUGAUUCCGAACAUCCGAAGAGCCAGUGAGAACGCACUAAACAAGCCGAAUAUUCCAUUUCUAACUGGAAGGAAGACCUAG